GGACCAAUAAGCGCCUUGAAUACCAGGAAAUAACCGCAGUUUCAAACUUUGGCGGCGUUGAAUUUGGCUCCGUAGGUAGCGCAGAAAAGGAGCUAAAAUGGAGACCAGCCUGUCAAGACUUCUUGUUGGACUUUCUGUAAAAAUCAGUCGCAAUGAUGGUCGCGUGCAUCUGGCAACGGUAAAGUCUGCGGGUGCUGUCAAGUCCACAUUUAUGGUUGAGUGGAAUGAGAGAAAGAUGUGCCGAGGAAAGGAGGUUGAGUUGAGUGAACUAUGUACACUCAAUCCAGAGCUGUUGGACCAUAUAAAGGCUGUCAACAACCAUGUCACUGACCCACCCCCUCCUGCUCUAGAUAAGAAGUAUGAGGGUCGACUGCGCUCAUCCAGGAUUCCUGCCCCUGCCUCCUCUCCAGCAGUCACCAGGGCUGAAGAGUCAGUUGCCAGUCGUAUUCAGAGCAGGCAGACGUGCAUGUUCCAGGCCCCGGCCCCUGUUCUAUCACCAUUCCCGACCUCUGAGUCUUCUGAGGCAAACGUGGAGAUGGUCCACCCUGAUCUCCCCUCUUCAUCAGUCUUCAAAAACUCUGUGCUUCUUAAUGAGCAGCGUAGAAAGAAUGAGGCCAAACCAGCAGAGACGCUGUCGCUUGUCCGUGAGGCAAUAAAGGAAAAUGAACCCGAGAGAAUGCCUCCUCCGCCAGCAGUCAAAGUAAGAAGAAAAUCUGUGGCUCCCCAAGAGCUAACCAAAGGCAGCAAAAGGCAGUCUUGUGUUGUAAAGCCCCCCGACAUGCAGACCAAGAGGGGAAAGUUUGGAGAGGCUUCUCGACCGAACCAAAAGUUUUAUGAGAUGAUCCAAGACUUCAGAGAGACCUUGGAAAUAACCCCCUUAUCAACUACUGACCAUAUUGAACCUCACAGGAUUUGUGUGUGCGUUCGCAAGCGGCCCCUGAACAAACAAGAGAUGAACAAGAAGGAGAUAGAUGUGGUGUCUAUACCUGGAAAAGGUGCACUGCUGGUCCAUGAGCCAAAACAGAAGGUGGACCUCACCAAGUACUUGGACAACCAAAACUUCCACUUUGACUUCUCCUUUGAUGAGACUGCCACCAACGAGCUGGUCUACAAGUUUACAGCCAAACCUUUGGUGCAGUCCAUUUUCGAAGGUGGUAUGGCAACAUGUUUUGCCUACGGCCAGACUGGAAGUGGGAAGACUCAUACAAUGGGAGGUGAUUUCACAGGGAGGCAGCAGAACAGCUCUAAAGGAAUCUACGCCUUGGCAGCCCAGGAUGUUUUUGCCUAUCUAAACCACAAGAGGUAUGCCAACCUGGAUCUCUCUGCUUAUGUUAGCUUCUUCGAGAUUUACAAUGGAAAAGUGUAUGACCUGCUGAAUAAGAAGGCCAAGCUCCGUGUUCUGGAGGAUGACCGACAGCAGGUUCAGGUGGUUGGCCUGGAGGAGAUCUAUGUGACCACAGCAGAAGAUGUCAUCAAGAUGAUCCAGCUGGGCAGUUCAUGCAGAACAUCAGGCCAGACCUCAGCAAACGCCAACUCAUCCCGCUCUCAUGCCAUCCUUCAGAUUGUCCUGCGCCGCAAUGACCGUGCCACCACGCUGCAUGGCAAGUUUUCCCUGAUUGAUCUGGCUGGCAAUGAGCGCGGCACUGACGUCAGCAGCAAUGACAGAAACACUUUGGUGGAAACUUCUGAGAUCAACCGCAGCCUGCUGGCUCUCAAGGAGUGCAUUCGUUCACUGGGAAUGAACAGCGAUCACAUUCCUUUCCGAAUGAGUACUUUGACCAAAGUCCUCAGGGAUUCCUUCAUUGGAGAAAGGUCCAGGACCUGCAUGAUUGCUAUGGUGUCGCCGGGCCUGACUUCCUGUGAAUACACGAUGAACACACUACGUUAUGCUGACAGAGUGAAAGAACUGAAAGGCCAUGCCAAGGCCAAUGGAGCAGCUCAGGCACAAGAGCUUUUAAAUAGCUCCACGGAGGAGGAAUCUGUUGUUGAAACCAGUGUAUAUGAUGCCGUAUCCCACGUGGCAGAGCUGGAGGAGAAGGUUUAUGUACAGUUCCAGAGGGCCAAUGAACUCUUCAUUGCAAUGGGGCAAAGCUCUUACAAUAUCGAGGCAGGACUUCCUGACUUGGUGGAUAAUGCAAAGACAUUAUUGGACACAGUACAGGCUUUGCAGACUGCUGUGGAACAGGAAAGAACGACACGUUAAAGCGACUGAGAAGAACCCGACCCACUCACAAAGUGCUUUAUUGAAACUGUUUGUGUUGAAUCUGCUUGAUCUUAAUGUGUUUAUUGUAUUAAACAAAUAAAAUGUUCAGACACUA